AUGCUUUCUGAUAUCUCUCCUCUUCGAAAAGUCAAUCAUGAUGCUAGUCCUUUAUCUUCUUAUGAACUUGCUAGAGAACGUCUUCAUGUUUCUGCUAUACCAGAUUCUUUACCAUGUCGUGAAGAUGAAUUUGAAGAAAUCUCUGGUUAUUUAGAAAGUGCUUUACAGGAAGGCACUGGUACUUGUAUAUAUAUCUCUGGUGUUCCUGGUACUGGAAAAACAGCCACUGUUUUGGAAGUUAUUCGUGGUUUACAAUAUAGAUCUGAACAAGAGGAUGAAGAUAUUCCGGCGUUCGAUUUUGUUGAGAUCAAUGGAAUGAAAUUGACAGAUGCCAAUCAUGCUUAUAGUUUAUUAUGGGAUUCGUUGAAUCAUGACAGCAAUAAUAAGAAAAAAGUGACGCCAGCACAUGCAUUAGAAUUAUUAGAAACUCGAUUUAGUGAUGAACAAGAAAAUGGAAAGACAACAGUGGUACUUAUGGAUGAAUUGGAUUUAUUGGUGACGAAGAAACAAACAGUGAUGUAUAACUUUUUUGAAUGGCCUAAUCGACCGCAUUCCAAGUUGAUAGUAGUAGCGAUUGCCAAUACGAUGGAUUUACCGGAACGAAUGCUUAGCAAUAAGAUCUCUAGUCGAAUGGGAUUGAAGCGGAUCAACUUUCAAGCAUAUAGUCAUCAACAACUUCAUGAAAUUGUAUCUUCUCGAUUGAAAGGGAUUGAAGCGUUUGAACAAGAUGCGGUUGAAUUUGCAGCAAGAAAAGUGAGUGCGGUCAGUGGAGAUGCUCGACGAGCUCUGGAUAUUUGUCGUCGUGCAGUAGAAAUUGUCGAACAACAAUCAACAAAAAAGACGGUGACGAUUGGUAUAGUGAAUCAAGCGAUCAAGGAAAUGUUCUCAUCACCUUCCGUAUCAUUUAUUCAAUCGUUAUCUCUUCAUCAAAAGUUAUUCUUGGUUUCGGUCAUGCAAAGGGUACGACAAAUUGGUCUGGCGGAAAUCGAAUUCGGCGAUGUGGCACAACAUCAUUUACAUACCUGUCAAUGGAAUCAUUUGGAACCUCCUACAACAAGUGAUUUGAUGCGGAUCUGCGAAUCAUUAGGACAAGCUCGCGCUUUGGUGGUGGAAGGAGGUCGCUUGGAUCUAGGUAUGCGGAUUACUUUGAAUUUAUCAGACGAAGAUGUUCUUAUGGCAUGCAAGGCGGACAGGAUUGUUGGUAGAUUGCUAGUGAAUUUCAAUAAAUAA